AAUGAGACAAAUUACAUAAUACAUGUACACCUACAUUUCUCCCUCUUCGUCACGUCAUCAUAAAGAUAAAAUUCAAUUUUCUAGUCUUCCAUAACCAUCUCUUUCUUUCUCUCUAUCUCCACCGAUCGGAAUCAAAACCAUGAGCUGGUGGUGGGCGGGUGCAAUUGGAGCAGCUAAGAAAAAAUUAGACGAAUCAGAUGAUAUAGCAGCAACAUCGAAGAAUUACCAGGGCGUAGCUCUGAUUGUUGGAGUUACAGGAAUUGUAGGCAAUAGCCUAGCUGAGAUUCUCCCUCUUUUUGACACCCCAGGAGGGCCAUGGAAGGUUUACGGGGUAGCCCGCCGUCCUCGACCCAUUUGGAAUUCGGAUCAUCCAAUUGAGUAUAUCCAGUGCGAUAUCUCCGAUGAAAACGACGCUGUUUCUAAGCUCUCCCCAUUAACAGAUGUUACCAAUAUCUUUUAUGUAUGUUGGGCCAAUCGGACUAAAGAAGAAGAGAAUUGUAGGGUUAACAGUCAGAUGUUCCGAAACGUAUUAAAUGCUGUAGUUCCGAAUGCUAUUAACCUCAAACACAUUUGUCUUCAGACGGGUCUGAAGCAUUAUGCUGGCCCGUUUGAAUAUUGGGGGAGGAUCGAGCAAUCUCUUGAACCUCCUUAUAGUGAGGACAUGCCUAGAUUAGGUGUGCAGAAUUUUUAUUAUGAUCUUGAGGAUAUACUCUUUGCCCAGGUAGCUAAGAAGGAAGAUUUAACUUGGUCGGUUCAUCGACCUGGGUAUAUAUUCGGGUUUUCCCCAUAUAGCCUGAUGAAUCUUGUGUGCACAUUGUGUGUUUAUGCUGCAAUUUGCAAGCAUGAAGGGACUCCACUUAAAUUUCCUGGAACAAAAGCUGCCUGGGAGUCUUACUUUGAGGCAUCUGAUGCCGAUUUGAUCGCGGAGCAGCAAAUAUGGGCUGCAGUGGAUCCGUAUGCGAAGAACGAGGCCUUUAAUUGUAGCAAUGGAGAUGUGUUCAAGUGGAAGCUGUUAUGGGGAGUGUUGGGGGAGCAGUUCGAAGUCGAGGUUGCAGAGUUCAAUGAUGAGGAAGAAAAGGUUAGCCUUGAGGAGAUGAUGAAAAGGAAGGAAACAGUGUGGGAAGAAAUUGUUAGGGAGAAUGGUUUAGUACCCACUAAGCUGGAAGAGGUGGGAAAUUGGUGGUUUGCAGAUGCAGGUUUAUCUAGGGACUGUCCUUUGGCUAGCAUGAACAAAAGCAAGGAACAUGGAUUUUUAGGUUUUAGAAACACCAAGAAUUCUUUUAUUUCUUGGAUUGAUAAGAUGAAAGCUUACAAGAUUGUUCCUUGAGAAAUUGGAGAAAUUGAACUAUGAGAAUCUUUUAAUUUUAUGACCUUUUUUAAUGGAUAAUUGGUUAUCUUCUUUUGGUGGAAGUUUGUUGUAAUCUCAAUAAAUAUGGGAGUUUUGUAUUUUGGAUUCAAGAGUGAUUAAUUCCAUUUGAAAUGUCUAUUUUCUUACUACAAA